GAUUUGUUCCAGCGGUGCGUCGCUUGGUUUCGGUCAUCCGCCGAAAUCCUCGCUCGGUAUACAGGGAGUCUCGACGGGCGGAGACAUAAUUUAGAUGGAUGAAUUCUCUGUCGAAGUCCAAUGUAACACACGGAACGUCUCUUGAUUGUCUCAAUGAGACUCAAGCCGAGUGGCAGAUCUACGCUUCCGUAGUCGAGAAUUGUGUGGUUUGCAGCCAGUUACGCAUCGCGGGUUUGAUCAGAGUGAUGGUUGUGGGUAUUAGGAAGGGGGUGUCUUCCCUAAAUCAUUUCAGAGUAAUUGUGGCCAUGAGCAUUUUAUUUGCCGGGAAGAGAGAAAAAAAAUGAAACAUGAAACGAGGAGUUGACGGAAAGGUGGAUGAAUUUCACUAGAAGACCUAAAACGUUGCGGGAAUGCUACGAUUACUUUUCCCCAAAUUUAUUAACGAAGAUCGACAGCAUCCAUAAAAAUGAUGAAGUCGUUUAUUGAAGUUGGAUGUCGCGAGAAAAGAAUAAUUGCACUUUCCAGGAAAGGCGAAUAAGAGUUUCCCGUAUUUGGUGGAUGGCCGUAAUAGUCACGACGAGAUCGUCUCACUCUCACCAAAGUAAUAAUCAACGCGGGCAUAAUGCGUGGAAUCGGCAGGCGUGUUUGUCCAAUCCCGCCAUCUCUCGCGGGUGCUCGUAUAAAGGUCUAGGCCUUCGUUGAGUCCGUGUGAUCUGUGAUAGAAAAACACAUGUCAAGCAAGGCUCCUCUAUGAGGUGCAGCAUUACAGAGAACCAUUUGUUUAUUUGUUAAUAGGUCCAAUAAAUCAUCUGUGUAAUUGAAAUGUUUGGUGCUGUGAGUUUACAACGAGCUUAACGAAGAUGGGUUGCGUUGUUGCAACUCAUCAGUAUGAACUAUAAAGAGUAAACCAACUUAAAAGGGGUACUUUUGAACGUGACUGUGUGUAGCAACGCGGGGCAUCCGUUGCGAUACAAUGAUUGAACGUUCGUUCUCAAAUGGACUCAUCCAUCGUGGAGUAUGCGCUGGAGUGUUCGCAUGACAAGAAACGAAGCCACAGCCGAUGUGAAUCAGGUAUCAGCCUCUCUUUGCGGCUUCCCCGAGAGGCGGCAUUUGUUCCAGUAUAGAUACAGCUUUCCCGUGGACUUCACAGUGAGGACUCCCUCUAUCCGGAAAUCGGAUGAAGUGGAAAGCCACUCUGGAGCUCAGCGAGAGUACAUUUCCUGUUGAUAUCACCUAACCGGCGCUUUGACCGCAAGGUCACGAUCACUCAUCGAUCUCAGUUAGCCAAUAAGAUUUGAACAGGGUGCUGAUGAUAGGACAGACUUUACAAGUGCGAAUUCACUGUACUGAAAGAUGGAGCUUGUUUCUAACGCAAGUCAACUGGCAUCAGUUGGGGGCAAUCUUACUUCUCCUAGUCUAUUGCCCUUGAACGAAUCUGAAGAAAUUGAUCUGGUCGAAUCGGAGUACGCAGGCCGAUUCGCCUACGGGGAGCGCAUCGCUCUAGCGGUCGCCAUGAGCAUCAUCACCGUGCUUGGUACCUUCGGUAAUGGCCUGGUCAUCCUCGCCGUCGCGUUGAGUCGCAAACUCCGUACUGCUACCAACGUGUACGUGGUGAGUCUCAGCACCACGGACCUCUUGACCUGCCUGUGUCUACCGUGGCAUGUCCUGGGUGCUGUUAGCAUGAACGGCUGGCCUAUCGCCAAGUGGAUCUGCUCGGCUGCAGGCGGCCUGACCAUCAUCUUCGUCGGCUCCAGCAUCAUAACCCUAGCAUUCAUAGCUUUGAACAGGCUGUUCCUCAUCACCCAGCCCAGUACCAGGUACCGAACCCUCUACACCUUCAAGAUGCUGAUGUUCACCACCCUCGUAGCCUGGUUGUUACCCUUUGUGACGGUCAUCAUCCCCCCACUCCUCGGUGUUGGCAAACUCGGCUACGACGAGAAAUACCUAAGAUGUGGCCCAGUCCAAUCGCCAGGUGGUACGCUAUCUAACCCCUAUGACAUGAUCGUAGCUGCAGUCUUGUACCCAAUUCCCAUGAUUGCUAUCGUGGUGUGCUACGCUAAGAUCUUCCUGUACAUCAAGCACCACACCAAAACCAUCUUGGCACCGAGCGAGCACUCGUCGUCCUCGAAUCCAAAGAGUCCCGCAGCGAACAACAACGGGACCCAGCAUCACACAUCGUCCGUCUCACGCCAAAGUUCCACCAGGAAACGCCUCAGCAGACGGCAGGUUGAGAUCACCAAGAACCUGUUCUACGUGGUCUGUGCCUUCGUGCUUUGCCUCUCUCCCUACAGCAUCGGUAUCAUGAUCCCUAGCGCUGACCACUUCACGCCGUACGCCGGUGUGAUACUCCUCCUGAACAGUUGCGUCAAUCCGUUGAUCUACGCUGCCAAACAUCCUUACUUCAGGACAAUCUUUAUUUGUAUUGUCACGCUCAAAUUCUCCAAAAUCCCUGAGCCAUCGAAUCUUCUUCGCUACGCACUGUCAACGCGUGACGACUACUCCAAAUGAACUGACUUGUACUCCAAGACACCAACCUGCGGUGGCAGUAUGGAAAAGAACAGACAGGGAGAUGUUCAACCUUGUUACCUUGGAGCUGUCCUCCCUCCGUGCCAAAACACGUGAACCAAAGAGAGAGGUUGUCUUGAUGUCGAACUCAUGACCAUCCAUGGAACGCGAAAACUCUUCAAGGCCUUAUCGAUUGUACAAAGUGCCUUAACAGAAGCCUUGCUCCCAUGUGUGAAACAAUUACUGUCUGCAAUAUGAUUGGUCACUAUUCAAGCUUCGACACCCAAAGGGCCACUCAUGAGUAUGCCAAAAUGUAAAUAUUGGUCGUAAAGUAAGUUUGUCGAUUUUCUUAAUGACUGCAAAUUUGCUUCCUGCUGUGAUUGUUGUUGUGUUGUGACGCUGAUAAUGGUGAUUUCUAAUUUUACGUUUAUACCCUAAACCAACUAUGGACCAAUCGAGUUUGAGUAUUAUGUUGAUUUAGGAAUUAAUGUAACAUUCAAAGGAAGUUAGAUGAAACAAGCCCUGUAAAUAUGCCAGUCAUUUUUCGCAAAAGGGGAAAAGCCUAUACAUAGGUCGUUUAAAUUUAGCCUAGAGUACAAGUGAACACUGCGUAAAUAGAACUCCAAUCAACUACAAUGCUUGUGAAAAGUCUUAUAAUUGUAGUAAUAUCAAUUAAAAGAAAUCGAACUGCAGACAACGAGGUUGAAGAAAAAGGUAAAAGAUUGGGUUGGGACUUAAUAGAAAUUGAUGCUCCAACGGUUGAUUUUAUUGCUCAAAAUGCGUCCUUCGUAAGCUCUUAGAUUGAUAACCAAAGCCAUGUAUCAACAUACCAAAGCAAAUACGUAACAUCUGAUAAAAUGACCUCAACUAAUUUCUAGGCAAGCCAAAGUUAAAAAAUGUAGUUAAUUGUUCCGGCAAAAAGAAUUCCUUGAUGAAAAUUGCUAUCCAUUAAUUAAAAAAGCAGUUUUCGUGUCAGAAUUUAUCUUGCUUUUCUCUCAAGUGCAGAACAGGUAUGCGAGAAAGUUUCCUGAAGAAAAUUGGAAAUUCAAUCAUCAGAAUACAGGCGUUUUACAAUGGUGCACCUCCAAGAGUUUGCAACGCGUUGGCCAAUCACACUGCGCGAAAUCUGUCGACCCAAUGCACGUUUAGAAA